AUGGGCGGUGCCGGCGCCGCGGGCCCCGCGGGCUUGGGCGGCGACAUGGCGAACCUCCAGAACAUGAUGGGCGGCAUGGGAGGCAUGGGAGGCGGCAUGGGAGGCAUGGGAGGCAUGGGAGGCAUGGAAGGCAUGAUGGGCGGCAUGGGAGGCAUGGGCGGCGGCCCGCCCCAAGACAUGGGCGAAAUCGACGGCGGCAGCGGCGACACGAAGUGGAAGUGGGAGAUGAAGGACGACGAGAUCAUCGUGCGAAUCACGCUGGCGAAGCCCGCGACGAAGAAGGACCUCGCCGUGAAGUUUGGCGCCAACUCGCUCAAGGUGGACGUCUUCGGGGAGACCAUCAUCGACGGCAAACUCGCGGGGACGGUGCACGGCGACGAGAGCACGUGGUGCCUCGUCGAGAAGGGCACGGAGCUGCAGAUUCUGUUGUCCGCGACGACGUCUAACCGCUGGUCGUCCCUCCUCGAGGGGUCCGACUGAGGCGCCGUCGCGACGGAGGACGAGAGAGGACGUCUCGCGCGACGCUCGCGUCGCAUCACAUCGCAUCAAUCAUAACGCGCGCACGUUGUUUACCCUGACUACUACAUUCAUCUAUUCUCAUCAUCUAUAUCUCUA